AUGAAAGUGGAAAGUAAAUCUCUGCGAUACGCUCACGCAGAGGGGCAUACUGAUGUUUGCUACAGCGAAGAUGGCAGACAUAUUAUUACAUGUGGUCACGAUGGUGAUGUGCGGAUCUGGAUAGAUAUUGAAGAUGAUGAUCCAACGUCUCACUGCGUGGGUGAAAGUGCUUCAGCUGUAUGUUUUAAGGAUAAAAGGUUAUAUGUAGCAACAGAUAAUCAUGCAGUGCAGGCAUACACAUUUCCUGCAUUCGACAAAGAUGGAAUUAUUACAAGGUUUACGGCUCCUGUUACUCAAAUAAUGUCCACACCCAAAAUUGAAGCUUUAGGCACUACUUCAGAAAAUAUGGAAGCAAAGAUUUGUAGCCUUGAAGGUGGAGCACCGCUGUUUGUCAUGUCUGACCAUAAGGGCCCUGUACUCAGUAUAGCUAUAUGUCCUCAAAUGAAAUAUGCAGUCACAGCUAGUGGUGAUGGUAUUUUACGAGUAUGGGAUAUAGAUACACAGAAAACCAUUAAAGAAUUGUCAUGUGUACCAAAGAUAAAUACAUUUUAUGCAGCUAAAGUUAUAUGUCGUAUGAGCUUUGAACCAUCAGAGGGUAAAUAUUUGGCAUAUCCUAAUAACAAAGAGAUUGUUUUGUUAGAUAGUGAUAAUUGGGGUCAAAGAAUGGCAUUCUCACACAAUACUAUCAAAUGUGCCAUAUCCCAGAGUUUAUUUUCACCUUGUGGUCAGUAUUUGGCUGGUAGUAGUGUGGCGGGUCAGAUAGCUAUUUGGGAAGUACAGAGUGGAAAUUGUAUUGAUAUUAUAGAACAUCCCACAUCACAUAAUGUCUCUUCAAUGGCUUGGAAUCCAAAAGGUAAUGGUGUAUUAGUAUACUGUGAUGUGGCUGGCCAACUGGGAAUGUUAGUAAACUGUUAUGGCAAAGACAGUUCUAAAAUUGGAAUUGACGCUGAAGAAGAUAUAGAAACCGUUGAGAGAAUGGAUGAUAACGAUGGAUUAGUAGACGAUUUGAUCGAAAACUAUGAAAGUGAUGACGAUAAUGCGAUAUCAUUGGAGAGGAUUAAGAAUGAGACCCUUGGCUUAGUGGAAAGAGAUUCCCGCCCUGUGUCUCGAGCGAUGACAGCGAUUCCAGCGCCAUCUACUGUACCCCCUCAAGCGCCUUUUCAACCGUCGUCAACUCCUGGGCAUCUUGAACAUAGGUACAUGUGUUGGAAUGAAGUUGGAAUCGUUCGCUGUCACACUGGGGAGAAUGGGGAAUCGACAAUUGAUGUUGAAUUUCACGAUUCGAACGUACAUCAUGGAAUUCAUCUUAACAAUUACCUUAACCAUACCAUGGCCAGCCUAUCCACGCACGUAUUAGCGCUCGCUUGUGAAACACCAAGUAAACUGGUCUGUAUAUCACUAAUUGGUAGUAGUAAAGAGUGGACUAUCUCAUUACCCGAUACUGAAGAAAUCGUAUGUGUUACUGCCGCUAGUGGAAUCGUGGCAUGUGCUACGAAUGCAAGAUUAUUGAGAAUAUUCACUCCCAUGGGGACUCAAAGACAGGUAAUUUCUCUGGCUGGUCCAGUUGUAUGCUUAGCGGGUGUUAACACAACUGUAUUUGCUGUGUACCACCAAACUGACCCUGGAUUAUCUGAUCAGCACCUGGCCAUGGAUAUUAUCGCUUUUAAUGGUCGACAAGUUCGCAGCAAAACGGUCUUUAUGCCUUUAACUCCUGGGUCUAAAUUAAGUUGGCUAGGGACGAGUGAAGCAGGCUCGCCCUGCUCUUGCGAUAGUACGGGAAUCGUUAGAAUGUAUGACGUCACUAGUGCUGUUUGGAUGCCCAUAUGUGAUACAACUUCACAUUGUAAAGGCGCUUCUGAUUCUUGGUUUAUUGUAUCGGUAAAUGAGCAGGCACAAAAGAUUUGUGCCAUUAUGUGUAGAGGAUCAAGCUUCCCACUAACAGCGCCCAAACCGAUCGUUGCUGAACUACCGAUACAGAUGCCACUGUGUGAAUUGGAUACAGAGAAAAGUCAGUAUGAAGAGCAGUUAGUCCGUUGGGCCCAUACUUCUUCUGAUGUUGACGUCAAAGCGGCAAGGGAAACCGCGCUGAAGUUGUUCGCUUUAGCUUGCCGAAGCGAAAUAGAACAACGAGCCUUAGAACUAAUGGAACUACUAAAGGACGAUCGCCUGCUACCUUUAGCCGCAAAAUACGCAUCUCGCCUUGGCCGAAUGCAUUUGGCCGACAAAUUGUCAAAUUUGGCCGACACGUGGGAGCAAAACGCCGACAAAUUGAAUACACAUUUCCGAGAAUUGGAUACCCAAGAGACAUAUGACGUCACGAGUACAGAAGAAUUGAACGCAAGCCUCAUAAUACCACAGAAGACGGUGAAUAAGAAAGUGGAGACUGUCACGCCGAUAAAACCUGUGCCAAUUAAAUCAUCGCCCGGAGGUGCACGGAAUCCUUUUAAGAAACAACAGAAUCCAAAUAAAAAUGUGCAAAGUCCUUUAACAUUAACUGAAAGGACGUUGGUGGAAGUUCAUUCUACGGAAACGGCAGAAAAUAGUGACCCUUUAACACCACUAGAAAACGAGACAUUCGUAGAUUGGUUUUCGCGAAACAAAACAACUAUGGAACAACAAAAUCCCGAAUUAACGCCGUCUGAAUUAACUCGACAUGGUAUAAGAACAUUCAAAAGUAUCAACAAACCCGCAGAGAGUUCAAAACGAAAACUGGACGAUAGUAUGGAGGAGACCGUCACAAAUGCCCCAAAACAAUCUAAGCUUAGUUCUUUUUCGUUUUUAAAGAAGGAUUAG